AUGAAAGGGAAGGGAAUCCUUUAUGAGGACGACGAUGAACCGAUCAAGCUUGUGGAUCGCGAGAGAUCUUUCGUCAUCAAGGAGUUUCACAUGACUCUAAUAGGAAAGAUCCUUAAUCCAAAGAAACAGAAUGUGGAGAAGCUGCUACAAAAGAUGCCGUCCAAAUGGGGACUGUCUGAGCGAAUUACAGCAAAUGAUAUUGGAAAUAGAAAGUUCUUGUUCAACUUUAUGAAUGAGGAAGACCUGAACUUUGUCCUUAGACAAGGUCCUUUCCAUUUUAACUUCUGUAUGUUUGUAUUGGUUCGCUGGCAACCGAUAGUACAUGAUGAUUACCCAUGGAUUGUGCCUUUUUGGGUUCAGCUCGUUGGCUUGCCAUUACAUCUAUGGACUGAUGGCAAUCUUCGAAACAUUGGAGGACGAUUUGGGCACGUUGAUACGUUGGAGCUAGCUGAGGGUCGUAUGCUCAUUGAUAUUGCCUCUCGCAAGCCUCUGAAGUUCUCAAGGAAUCUGGAAUACAAAGGAGACGAAGUGACUCUCGAGAUCAAAUAUGAUAAGUUGUUUAAACACUGUACAACUUGCGGUAUGCUUUCUCAUGAGAAGGAAUACUGCCCAACUACUGAUGUUAGAUCACGGAUUCAGCCUAUGGAACGGCGUGAUGUCUUCUCGCGAGUGCAGGCGCCCCAGGAACAGAUGGCUCGUCACCAUCUGGGCCGUCAUGCACAGGCAACAAGUCAUCACUCUUCGCAUAAUUCGAUGGAGAGGGAUCGGUCUCUUGCUCACAACUCUAACAAUCAGACACCGAGGUAUAAUGAUCGUUACCAUAAUAACGGAAAUAAUGCGGAUGAUAGUGGUAAUCAACGCGAGUCACGUGGGCUGCAAUCACGUACUGAUAAUCGUUGGCACGGAAACAAUGGAAGGAGUGGUCAUGCAGACCGAAUCAUCCGAGAUGAGCUCUCGAGAGGCUCUCGCUAUGGAGGGUCUCGGAGUGGUUUGGGUCCUUAUGACCGUCCACAGGCCACAAGAUGGAGAGCAAAACCCAGGCCAACGGACAAGGAUAAAGGUUGGACUGAUAAGGGCAAGGAUGAUGAAGCUGCUCGGGCGAAUGUUUCUUAUGGACAAUCGUCUCGGGGAUUGGCUCUUGUAAUACACAAUCCCGAGAACAAGGAAAGUAGUGGGCCUCAAGGUACAAAGAAGAUAGCAAGUGCUAUUGUUACACCCUCGCGACUGGACCGUCCUAUGGAGGACAAUGUGACUGUCAGGAAUAAAGGUGAAACUAGGGCUUUAGCUUUCUCUCCAUCAGGUGGACAGGAUCCUACUACUUCUGAUGAUCAGAUCAUUGGGGCAUUAAGUGAUAUGGAAUUGGUGGAACAAUCGAAUGACAGCAUGGAAGAGGAAACAGAAAGAGAUGACCUCUUAGGUGUCGAGCUCAUGGAAAUGGAAGGCAAUAAUUUUCAUGAUGAUACCGCGGCCAAGGGAGCUAGAGAAGACAUGAGGGCCACGAGGGCCAAGAAACAUGGAAGCAAACGUAAUGCCCCUUUGGGCAUUAAGAAUAGGAAGUUUGAGAUCCUUCGUAGGGGGUCUCCAAGUAAGCGCUCGACGUCUUCUCGAUCACACGUCGAGGGGGGUGAUAAGCAACGAAGUAGACAUGCAACAACAGUGAGGGAUAGGGCACAUUCUAAUGUGAAGUACAUGAGACUAUGGGGAUCAGACCAUCGGCCGAUUCUCGCAGAUAUACUCACAAAGCCAACGAGGAGAUCAAAAAAAUUUAAAUUCGACAGAAGAUGGCUAGACAAUGAAGAAUUAAGGCAAGUCAUUCUGGAGGGAUGGAAAUCUCCUGAUCUUCCCCCCGAUGCGACUAUAAUGGAACAUAUCUCCAGCUGCCGAAAAGCCUUAAGUGAGUGGAGGAAGCAACAUAAUAUUAACUCGGCGAAGCUAGUGGAGGAGUUAAAGGAGAAAGUUGAGGGCUUAUACGCAGACGAUGGUGCGACGACUGAGGAAAUUGCUGCAGCGCUGAAGGAACUCACUGAUGCUCUUAAAGCAGAAGAAAUGUUCUGGAAACAGAAGAGUAGAGUGUUUUGGCUAAGAGAGGGUGAUAAAAACACAAAAUUCUUCCAUGCCUUAACGAAGCAAAGAAGAGCAAGGAACAAAAUCACGCAGCUUAUGGAUGUAAAUGGUAACAUAGUUGAGGAUGAGGAAGGACUGGUAGCCAUUGCUACCAACUACUUUCGGCAAAUCUUCGAGUCUUCUAUUCCAGAAGACAUUGAAGAGGCGAUAUCUGAAGUUCCUGCGAUAAAACAAAAUUAA